UACCAUUAUCAACCCAACACAAACAUAGACAUCUGAGACUUGUCUGUCUUGUCGUCAUGGCAACUUCUCUCCAUGCCGCCGCAACUUUUCUUCAGCCGGCUAAGAUCGCCGCUUCUUCUUCUCCUUCUCGCAAUGUUUAUCUCAGAUCAAACCAAACUGUGGGCAAGUCCUUUGGUCUAGAGUCUUCAUCUGCUAGGCUCACUUGUUCUCUCCAGUCUGACCUGAAAGACUUCGCUGGAAAAUGCUCCGACGCUGCCAAGAUCGCCGGUUUCGCUCUCGCCACCUCUGCUCUUGUCGUCUCGGGGGCUGGUGCGGAGGGAGCACCAAAGAGGCUAACGUACGACGAGAUACAGAGCAAGACUUACAUGGAGGUUAAGGGAACCGGUACGGCGAACCAGUGUCCGACUAUCGACGGUGGCUCUGAGACAUUCUCGUUCAAACCUGGUAAGUACACAGGCAAGAAGUUCUGCUUUGAGCCUACUUCCUUCACCGUCAAAGCAGAGAGCGUCAGCAAGAACGCGCCUCCGGAUUUCCAAAACACCAAGCUUAUGACCCGUCUCACUUACACGCUUGAUGAGAUUGAAGGACCCUUCGAGGUUGGUUCAGACGGAAGCGUGAAGUUCAAGGAAGAAGAUGGGAUCGAUUACGCAGCAGUCACAGUUCAGCUUCCAGGAGGAGAAAGAGUGCCGUUCCUCUUCACGGUUAAACAGCUGGAGGCUUCAGGGAAACCCGAAAGCUUCAGUGGAAAGUUCUUAGUUCCAUCGUACCGUGGCUCGUCUUUCUUGGACCCAAAGGGUCGUGGUGGAUCUACCGGGUACGAUAAUGCAGUGGCUUUGCCUGCUGGAGGCAGAGGAGACGAGGAAGAGCUGUCCAAGGAAAACGUCAAGAACACAGCAGCAUCUGUCGGAGAUAUCACAUUGAGGAUCACAAAGAGCAAACCGGAGACAGGUGAAGUGAUUGGAGUGUUCGAAAGUCUUCAGCCGUCGGAUACUGACUUGGGUGCUAAGGUACCUAAGGAUGUGAAGAUCCAAGGGGUUUGGUACGGUCAGCUUGAGUGAAUUAUAUAAUUUGUAACUUUUGUAAAAUUGUAUUGAAACAUCUUCUUUCUCUCAAUAUAUAUUAAU